AUGACGCCUAAAUUCUAUUCGCUGAUCUGUGAACAAUCGAGCCAGACCUAUAGUACAUGGCGCUCCACACAUCUUAGAAUACAGUCGAUCUGCAACAAGAUUUGGCUCGAAGUGAAGCCCGUCCUUUGCGUUGAUUCACCUGAAGGUCACACGGAUGAACCGGUCGAGGACUUGGCUGUCGGACCAAAGGAUAUCCUUUCUUAUUCGUGGCGCGCGCUGCGUGAGUCGAGCCUCUUACUCCAUGCAACGCUUGCCAAUUCCGCGUAUGGACCAAAGGGGGAGACUGGUCUAACUAGAGCCGAAUACGAAAAUAUCGGCACCGCGAGCUUUAUUCAGCUGGCUGAGCUGCGACACAGGGGAGCAUUUUCGACUGUUUCUCAAACUUUCGCCACUUGUUGCCAAAGAUGCAGCCAAUCCAGUGAUCCAACCAUCUCCUCACUGCCUCAGGGAUGGUAUGAGGAAGCGAGGAAGCUCAUAUAUGCGACUGCCUCGAAACUCACACGACGGUCAGCUGGUCUGCCUGCCUUGAUCACUGGUAUCCUCUUGUCUAAUCCCGGAGGACCUCUAUUUCAACGCGUCAUGACUGAACUUCAAGAGAUAUCCCGCAUGCCAGCAAAGAACGAUAGCAGCACCCAGAAUAUUGAACUGCCUCAAGUGCAUGCAAUGAAUUGUCUCAAGGAUAUUUUUGCUAAUAACAAGCUUGGCCCUCAAACUAAGCCGUUUAUUAUCCCCUCUCUGACUCUAUCAGUUGACCGUAUAGGAUCACCCAUUUGGAAUCUUCGCAAUGCCGGACUGAUGCUAUUCCGAGCUUUGCUGGGCCGGAUGUGUCGAUCAAUUUCUGGGUCAAGCUUUGGUUUUGGUGGCAGCUCAGGUUCGGAACCGGGCGCAAGAGUUUCAUUCCAAAAGUAUCCCGACCUUCCACAGCUGCUGUCUCGUCUUCUCGCGCCAUCCAGCAAAGAAACUGAAAUCGGAGACAAUGCGUCAGUGACUGAGCGAGUCUUCCCAGCCCUCGAACUGAUCGGCGAAAAGGUUCCAUUUCCUGGCGACGAUACCACCGUUCUUCGUAAAUUGGUUUUGCAGCAACUCAACAGUCCGGUUUGGGCGAUUAGAGAACAUUCAGCUCGGGUGUAUGCGUCACUAUUGAGUCGGUCCGAUAUCCUGACAGAGAUACAGUCUCUUCUUGAUAUCGAAAGAGAUCAGACAGCCCAGAACUAUCUGCAUGGGAAGUCUCUCUGCAUUCGAUACGCUUUGAGUAGAUUUGCAUCUGCUCCGGUUGUGCUCUGGAAGGGAAAUAUUGGAAAAAUAAUGUCCACCGUAAGGCACUCAUUUGCGGCCUUAUUUCCUUCCGCCAAAUCUCCAGUCGUUGCGGCGUCCUUGAUCGAGAUCUUAAAUGACGUGGUUGAAAAGAGUAUAGCGUCUGGGGAAGCAGGGAAUAUCACUUCACUCCUUGAGCAUGUGUUCGAGGAAUAUGGUUUUGAUGAUAUUCUGGACUACUUGUUCAACUCGUCAGACCCAUCCUGGAGAUCUUCCAGUACAACCCGUGCUUCUUCUCUGCUGCGCAGAGCGCUAUCGUGGGCCGCCAUUUUUAGAAUGUUCGUUUCAAACAAAUUGGAUGAGUUGGAGCCAUUCUUGCGCAGUGUCUCGGCUUUUGACCCCAAUGCAGGCCGUUGGCUUCUGGAGCGAAUGCCAGAUGUCUUUGGAGAAGACGAGUCCCACAAGGGAGCUUUAUUCAAGCUUUACUCGUCAAUUAUUCUAAGCAGUUCUUCGGAUCUUGUGAAGGCAGCAGCUAUUUCGAACCUGGCCUCUUUUUUGGAAGCGUUCCUGGAUUUUCACCACGGUAUUACCAAUGUUCCCGAUCUCCCUUGGGAAGACCUAGAAAGACAGAUCGAACCCGGAACAGCUGUCGAGACAUGGAAUAGAGAGAUGACCGAUGCGGCAUUACGUCUCCAAGGCUGCCUUCUCGCCGUGAAAGCCAUCUCUCAUCAGUGGCAGUCUCCUUCGGCGGAAUUUGAGCUGGAGCUUCGACAGUGGACGAUAAAGCUGCGAUGUGCACUUCAAGAAGAAACAGAAUUUACUACUAGACAUGCCGCUGUAGCCUCAUCAUCGGCUUUCGGACGUGCUUUGCGACCUCCAGGCAGUUCUGCCCGAGUCGAUAAUGUCUUCCUUGAUAUUUAUCUCAUUUUGUACGACAUGCUUAACGAUGACGAUGAAGAACUCCGUGAUAUGGCCGCAGCCACAGCUUCUUGGGUUCUUUCGUAUUCAUCAAUUAACCAUUCUAAAGCUGUUUCCCUGGCUCCUUUGAAUGCGAGUGAGCUCCUUGCGGAGUUCAUCAGCACCAACUACUCGACAUCGCAGCUCCUUUGCAGUAAGAUCUUCCAUUAUAUUCUAGGUCAGGUGCCCAGGGUCAGCGAUCGCCUUGGAAAAGUGAACCUCACGCCGGUUUCGGACCUUAUCUCAGAAUAUCGAAAAGAGAGUACCGUCUUAUUUGUGGAGGAGAAGCAGAACCUCUUCAUCGAUGAUGUUCGCGAGGCUGAACUGUGGUCCAAGUCCAUUCAUCUGCUAGCGGAAGCAUCCUACAAUGAUGGCCGUACUCUUAAUGAAGUCUUCACAUGGGUAUCAGAAGGAUUGGCCUAUCUGUCUACGAUUACGGCUGACGGGGCUGGUAAAGAUGGGCCUCUCGGCUGGACUUCAAAGCCUGAGAUAUUCACCCUGGGCGUGCGGGUGAUUAGCAUUGCAGGGGCCCUGGUAUCGCCUAGAUUCCCCGCACAGAAGCUUUUGGGACAUGACUAUCAACAAACGCUGAAAGAGAAGCUGCAAUUGCUGCAGAGACAUGGGCUUGCUGCAUCCAUGAAUGGUGACUGGCUUUUGAGGAUACAGGCUGCUUUGGAAAAUUCGUGAUGUUAUAGACAUGAUAGAUUGGAAUAGAGCAUUUGCAUAGUAGAUAUAGAUUAUGUUGUGAAAAAGAAAGUUGUGAUCCGGUCAUUCAC